UACUACUUGAAGUGUGUGGAAAUUGUUUAAUAUUACGGAGCUACAUUGAAAUCAUUCUGCCUAAAUUAGGAUGGCCAGCCGCCACGAAGAACCAAGAAGAAGAAGAACAGUUCUGGAAAUAUCGACACUAUGUUGAGUACUUGAACGUAGCAUCUCAGCCCCCAGCCCCGGCUGGGAGGAAACAGCCAUUCCGAGCAGCGCAGCCGUUGCUAACGAUGCCAUGUCCCGUCUCACGGAUGAAGCCUGGCUUUAGGGACUGCAUGGGUGCCGCGGUCACCGAAAACAAGGAAGCUGGAGCCAUGGGUUUCCUCUCCAGCCUCGGAUGAAGUGAAAUAAGCUGGACCCACGCGAGCCCAGCGACCUGCCGCCGCCCACCAGGGGGGCUCCCCUCUCCCCUUCGCCGUCUCCAGCCAUGGCGGGUUUCAAGCGGGGCUACGACGGCAAAAUCGCCGGCCUUUACGACCUGGACAAGACGCUGGGGCGGGGCCACUUCGCCGUGGUCAAGCUGGCGCGGCACGUCUUCACCGGGGAGAAGGUGGCGGUGAAGGUGAUCGACAAGACCAAGCUGGACACGGUGGCGACGGGCCACCUGUUCCAGGAGGUGCGCUGCAUGAAGCUGGUGCAGCACCCCAACAUCGUGCGCCUGUACGAGGUGAUAGACACUCAGACCAAGCUGUACCUGAUCCUGGAGCUGGGCGACGGAGGGGACAUGUUUGACUACAUCAUGAAGCACGAGGAAGGCCUGAACGAAGAGCUGGCUAAGAAGUACUUUGCCCAGAUAGUCCACGCCAUCUCCUACUGCCAUCGGCUGCACGUGGUGCACCGGGACCUGAAGCCCGAGAACGUGGUGUUCUUCGAGAAGCAAGGACUAGUUAAGCUCACCGACUUCGGCUUCAGUAACAAGUUCCAGCCGGGGAAGAAGCUGACCACCAGCUGCGGCUCUCUGGCUUACUCCGCUCCGGAAAUCCUCCUGGGCGACGAGUAUGACGCUCCGGCUGUAGACAUCUGGAGUCUCGGUGUGAUCCUGUUCAUGUUGGUUUGUGGCCAGCCACCUUUCCAGGAAGCAAACGACAGCGAGACUCUCACCAUGAUCAUGGACUGUAAAUACACGGUACCGACCCAUGUCUCCAGUGCCUGCAAAGAUCUAAUAGACCGCAUGCUGCAGAGGGACCCUAAGCGCAGAGCCUCACUGGAGGAGAUUGAGAGCCACACCUGGCUGCAAGGGGUGGACCCCUCACCGGCCACCAAGUACAGCACUCCUCUGGUCUCCCACAAGAACCUGUCCGAGGAGGAGCACAACAGCAUCAUCCAGCGCAUGGUGCUGGGAGACAUCGCUGACAGAGAGACUAUAGUCGAGGCUCUGGAGACCAACAAAUACAACCACAUCACGGCAACAUACUACCUGUUAGCAGAGAGGAUCCUGAGGGAGAAGCAGGAGAAGGAGGUCCAGACACGCUCCUCCAGCCCCAGCAACAUCAAGGCACACUUCAGGCAGUCGUGGCCAACAAGAGUGGACAUGCAUCAGGACAUAGAGGACACCUUGGCUUCUUCAUCUAUCUCGCACGCUGGAGGCCCCCAGUCCCCUGCUCGCAGUGCAGAGAACCUGCUCAACGGGCAUCGCUCUAAAGGCAUGAUGGACCUGGGCCGACGGGAGGAGAGUUCAGUCACCGACUCAGCUCAGGGAGCCUGUGCAGCAGCUUGUGGCCCUGCUCCUCCUCCUGGGACCUUCAGAGCUCAGGGUCCCUCCACGGCAGCAGCCAAGCAGAGAAUCUGUCUGUUCAGAGUGGAGGAGGAUGAAGAGGAGGAGGAAGAGCAGGACCCCUCCCCCCUCCCGACCCAAGUGAUCCUGCGGCGUAAGCCUCCUUCCAUCACCAACCGCCUCACCUCCAGGAAGAGCGCCCCGGUGCUCAACCAGAUCUUCGAGGAGGAGGGCGAGUCAGACGACGACUGUGAGAUGGACGAGGGUCUGCCGCCCAAGCUCAGCCGACUCAAGAUGAACAUUGCCGGGACCGCCGGCGGCGUGGGCCCCGGGGCCACCUCGGCGACGUCCCCGGGGCCCACGCAGAAGCACUACCACAGGCGCAAGAGCCAGGGAAGGGGGUCGUCAUGUUCCAGCUCGGAGACGAGCGACGACGAUUCCGAGAGCCACAGGAGGCGUCUGGACAAGGACUCGGGUUUCACCUACAGCUGGAACAGAAGGGACAGCAGCGAGGGGCCCCCCGGCAGCGAGGGGGGCAACGGAGGGGGCAGCAGCUCCGGGCAGGGGAAACCCCCGUCUGAGGGAGGCGGCUCCUCUGGCGCUGACAGAGGCAGUCCUCCUGGUGCUGGUGGGAACGGAGAAAGGGAAGGUGGCGGUGGUGGAGGGGGGAGCGGGAGAGCAGGGGGGGGCAACCAGGGACAAGACCGGCCCUCCAGUUGCUGCAACAACAGUAGCUCUACCAAGCCCUCCCUCAGCGUGGCAUCCCGGCCGUCCCGCACGGCGAGCCGCGGCUCCGAGCUCGUGGAGAGUCUGAAGCUGAUGAGCCUGUGCCUCAGCUCCCAGCUGCAGCAGCACCGCGGCGGGCGGGGGGCGCGAGGGGGAGGGGGCAAGCUCAUCAUAGACCCUCGAGAUGUCAAAGUCCAGGAGAAGUCGGCGUGGAGGAUCUGCAUCGGCUCCAGCGAGAGCCCGGACUCCGUCACCCUCCCCAACACCACCACCACUGGCCUUCCACGCACUCACGCCGUGCUGCACCUGCACCAGAAAGCGGUGGCGCCCGGCCUGCAGACCGGGCCCGGCAGCAGGGACGUUCACAGCAACAUGACCGCCCUGAAGAAGGGCGUGCUGCAACUACCUCUGUGUGAGAAGACCAUCUCUGUCAACAUCCAGCGGGGCUCCAGGGAGGGGCUGCUGUGUAGCUCGGCUCCAGCCAGCUGCUGCCAGGUCAUCUGACCAACGCCUCCUUCCACUUUGUCCCUCAUGCCUCCUGUCCCACCCCCGCUCUGCCGCUCGUUUGUAGGAGGACGUGUUCUCCCGUUUCCCCUCGUUCUUUAAACCCAACCGCACUUUAACGUUCUUCAGCUGAAUGUCAAGCAGAGUAGCAGCGAGUCCAAACUGUCCAAGAGCUGAAACCACUAGAGAGAGCCGGUUACAGUCAUCUUUAAACAGGACAGAGCGCAACGUGCUUAAAAGCAUGUUUGGUCGAACAGAAAUCUGCUACUUUUGUGUGGAGAGUACGUUCUCCGAGCACGGGUCAUAUCAGAACAUCAACUUGGAAUGUUGCAAGCAUGGAGAGCAGAAGCCUUGUUGGUUUCAGAAAAGGUUCUAGGACAGGUUUCUGCCAGGGUCACGUUUAUUCUCCUGAAUAACGUUUCCCGCUCAGACCAAAUUCUAAAUGAGAGCGUGCCGCAGUCUGGGUCCUCCAGCCUGGGUCCUCCAGCCGGUCUAACAUUCAUCCCGUUGUUAAGAGAGAACUCUUUCCAAAGGUGGCUCCAUGCGGCACCUCACAGCAAGUUUACAGUCCUCCUUCUACUCUCCCACCUCUGGUGCUGUUCCAACCAGGAGCUUCAGUGUUUUCAUGGGGAUUUUAUGUGACAGACCAGCAGAAACGAUUCCUGCUGCUCAUUUCUAUCUUCUGCCAUCUGAAAACGGUGGUGCUUGUAGAGCCACCCUUGGGUGCGGGUCUUUUGGGUAUCUCUCUACCAGCUUUGAACAUCUACAGACUAGAAAGUUUCACCCAUUGGUUCUAAUACAGCUGGAGCACAUCUGGAGACAGAUUGGAUGUAGACGAUGUUGGAGCAGGUUCUCCUAACGUGAUUCUGCUGUGUUCUAGACCAGUGGUUCUCAGCCUUUAUUCAGCCAAGUACCCCCUAACAGCGCAGAUCAUUUUUAGUUGAGAAAACAGACUUAAAACAGAUCACUGUGCUGUCAGAGUCUAAUUAAUGAAACUUUGGAACUCAUAAACACAUACAUUUGGAAAUUUAAAUGUUAAUAAACUAUUACUAAAUGUAUUACAAAGAUUUCUCAUCACUAAAAUGUAGUGAUUCAAACUAAUGCAGUGAAAACAGUGACCAUAUAACCACUUAAAGCUAUAACAUGAUCCCUAUAAAACUCCUUAAAAUUUGCAAGACACCUCACUUGUAGUGGUCUCUCUUGAACUAUUUGGACAUAAAAGAAAUAAAUAAAUAAAGAUUUUUGCACAUAAAACAAUUAUCAACAUAAAGUGUCCUCCUUUGGGAUCACAGUAAAGAUCUGUUCUCAAAGAGAAAUCAUUAACUUAAUUUUAAAUAAAAGCAGAACUUGCUAAAAAUAAAAGAU